CCAGGGAAAGAAGAGCGAUUGGCUGAGAAGUUAUUAUUUCGACCAAUGGAGGAGUUUAUUUGUGAUGGUAAUCCAGAGGAAGUGUUUCGUAACUUGAAAGAAAAGGAUAAACCAUCACAGAUUUGUGGCCAUGGGUUUAAAACAGGAGAACCCACUUAUUCUUGCAGAGACUGUGCUACUGAUCCAACAUGUGUUUUAUGUAUCAGCUGUUUUCAGAAGAGUCCACAUAGAGAGCAUAGAUAUAAGAUGAGUGCAUCUGGUGGUGGAGGAUAUUGUGAUUGCGGUGACCCAGAAGCUUGGAAGAUUGAACCAUUCUGUGAACAACAUAAACCAAAGAUGGAGGCUGAUGAGGAUUUUAAUCCUAUGGAUGAGCUACCCAGUGAUUUGAGUGAUCGAGCCUCAGCGUUAUUUCUAUCAGCUUUAAAAUACUGUGUAGAUUUACUAACCUGGGAUGAAUGUGUUAAUCUACCAGAUGGAUUAGAACUAGAGGAGGAAGAUUUAGACAAUGUUUAUCAUUGUAUUUUGUUUAAUGAUGAAGUCCAUACAUACGAUCAGGUAAUACAAACAUUACAGAAAGCUGUAGAAUGUACUGAGAAAGAGGCUGAAGAUUUUGCGACAGUUGUUGAUAGAGAGGGAAGGACUAGUGUUCUUACUGGUGGAAAUGCUGAUUGUGUUAAAUCUAAAGAAAUAAUCCAGAAAAGUACAUCUCGACAAGGAAGGAAGCCUUUAAAAUGUUAUGUUAUGCAUUCAUCUGUAAUAGCUCACCAAAAUUUUGCCUUAAAACUCUUACACUGGCUCCAGGAGGUCAUCUCUAAAUCAGACGGACUGAGACGACUGUUUUGUUUGUUAUCUAUGCAGAAUAUGGAUGAUGAAUCAAUUUCCUCACUAAUGGAAAGAUUGUUACUGUCUGACACUCAACUGUGGAAAGCUGCUCGAGUUCAAAGUCAUCAACUUUUAAUGGCUGGUGUUCUCAUGGAUCAAGAAUGUAAGAAGAAAUUCGCAAUAAUUUUCACUAAACAUUAUCGAGCCUUAAUGAAUGAUUUCUGUCUGGACGAUCAUAAUCAUGAUGUGUCAGUUAUCUCCCUUACUGUACAGAUAUUUACCGUGCCCAGUCUGGCUCGAAUGCUGAUAAAGAAAUAUAACUUGUUAGAGACAAUACUCAGAGCUUAUCUUGAACCUUGUGAAAAGAAGAAAAAUGCCCAGGGUACGCUAUCCUUUGAUAGAAAUGAGAGAAAUCCAGUGUUUAAAAGAUCUUGGUAUAUGUUUUUUGAUCUCAAGUAUGCCCUAAUCUGUAAACCAGGUGAAUCUGAGUGGGAUGAAGAACUACAGACUAACUUUCUGAGAGGUCUUCAGGCUCUAUUAGAACUACUGUCAGCCAUGCAGGGAAUGGACUGCGUUCAAAGACAAACUGGUCAUCAUCAAGAGUUUGAACCUGAGUGGGAGGGUGCUUUUAAUUUACAGUUGAAACUAGAUGUUAAUUUGGUAUUAUUUGCUGAUUGGUGUUCUUCUAAUAAAUCAGUAUUAUUAAGAGCCUAUAAAGCUACAUUAGAUGCUCUGUAUAAACAUGAGAGACGUAGAGAAUUAUUUAGGUAUAAAUUGUUUAUUGUAGUUGGUAGCCAUUCUGUACGCUGUAUAAAAUACGAUGUUUCCAGUCAGCCUGUUUCUAUACAUUUACCUCUUACCAGAUUCCUAGCAGCUUUACAUGUUCAUCUAGAGAAGUUUGCUUUGAGUUUUAAUUCACCAGAGUUAACUACCUUGUUGGAGGUAAAACCUGUAGAUCUUAUUGAAGCACCACUACGUACUCAAGUUAUGAUAGCUCAAACACAAGCUGGUAUGUGGAGACGAAAUGGUUUCUCACUGUUAAAUCAGAUCCAUUUCUACCAGAAUGUAAGAUGUCGUAGUGAGAUGUAUGAUAGAGAUGUUAUAAUGUUACAGGUAGUUAUCUCCCUUUUCUCAAAAUAUUCCAGAGUUCAUUUAGCAGAAAAUUAUGAAAUGCUGGACUAUGAUAUACCUGGAGGUCAAGGUCAAGAAGAUUCCUUACGACAAACCAUAAUGUUAGCUGAAGAAUUCUUCAAUUUAUUGAUAGUUAUAUUAGAAGAAAGAUUUCUACCAGGAGUAGGUCAAGUCACUGAUAAAGAUGUAGUUAAAAGGGAGAUAAUUCAUCAGUUAUGUAUCUCGCCUAUGGCCCACAGUGAAUUAACUAAAGCCUUACCAGAAGAUGCAAAUCAUGAGACUGGUGUAGAAGAUGUUGUAAAAGAUGUAGCUGACUUCAAAAAACCAAGUGGUAAAGGAAAGGGAAAAUAUGAAUUAAAAGAAGAAUUCUAUGAUAGUUAUUGUCCAUUUUUCUAUCAUUAUUCCAAGGCAGAACAAAUUAAGUCUGAAGACGCUCAAAGAAAACGUAAAAAAGCAGCAAACAAAGAUCAAAGUCUGCCCCCACCCUUUCCUCCGUCGCUUACCAAACAAUUUCAACCAAUGGUUAACAUCCUGCAGUCAGAAGUCAUGAUCCAUGUAUUUCAAAUUAUAUUAAAACGUACUGCUGCAGCACGAUCGAGAUCUUGGUCCGAGCCACAGUUUGAAAGGGUUCUGUAUCUAAUAGGUUUAGGUCUACAUGAACAAGUUCGAGCUAUCCAUGAAAACAAUCCACAUUAUGAUUUUAUAUCUAUUGCUAUGAGAGAUUUUUUAAAGAAUUUUGAUGCUGUUAUUUCAGGUGACCACAGUAUUUAUAACUUGUUAAAAUCACUGGUAAACCAUGCUAACCUCACUCAGGAUCCAUCUAAAGAUCUACUAGCUUGGGUUCUAACUAAAUUUCGAGAAGUACGUCUGCUAAAAAAUCCUGACGAAUCUGCUGGAUUGGAACAUGUCAGUUCUUCAACAGAUUUGGCAGCGGAGGCAGAGAAGAAGAAGAAGGCUGAAAAGGCUGCAAAGAAGCGAGCCAAAGUGAUGGUGAAGUUAGCCCAGAUGCAGAAAGCUUUCAUCAAGGAUAAUACAGAAUUGUUUGAAAGUAUUUGUACAGAAAUGAAAUCUGCCGGUUCAGAUAUGGAUGUCAGUGAACCCUCACACACUGAUUUCCCAGUGGCCUUAGGUCAAGGUCGUAAUAACGUAGCAACAGCCAGUCCUACCAUGGCAACAUGUAUUUUGUGUCAAGAAGAACAGGAAGUGUGUGUAAAUGGUAAAGCCAUGGUUUUAGCUGCCUACAUACAGAGAUCAACAGUAUUAUCUCAGAACAGAACUAAACAUCUAGAAAAUGGGGACGAGUUUGACCCACUUUAUAUGACCUCUGACCUAUUUACAGGAACUAAAACUGGGUCAUGUGGUCACAUUAUGCAUCAUGAAUGUUGGCAAAAAUACUGUGAGAUGAUAAUAGCUGAAGAGAAAAGAAGACCAUUGAGAUUUCGUCAAGCUUUAAGUUUUGAUAUUGAUAAACAAGAAUAUCUAUGUCCACUGUGUGAAUCAUUGAGCAAUACUGUGAUGCCUAUUGUCCCUUCCCUUCAUAAACUAGUUACUCAUAAUAUCAAUGAAGUAGAUUUAACAUUUGAUGACUGGUUAGAUGGUAUACAGAAAACAGUAGAGAAUAGUAUACAAAAACAACAUGAUCAACAGUCACAAGGUAUGAAGACAUUUAUUUCAGCUCCAUUACAUGGUUGUUUUUCUGAAGGAAUGAGAGAAAUGAUGAAAAAGUUUGCAAGAGAUGUUUAUUGUUUUGGUUUAGGAGUAGAACCAGAUGAUGAAAAUGGAAGAGUACCAAUCAUGGCUUGGUCAACUUGUGCCUUUACUAUACAAUCAAUAGAACAAACAUUAGAACUAGAGAAGAAGGCCCUGUUUGAUGCUGUACCAUCACGCCAAUCAGAGUUAUUAAGUUCUCUAGUGAAAUAUUCAGCUGUAUGUAGUCAAGUGAUGCCAACUGAUACAGUUAAACAACAUUGUGUUAGAUUAUUAACAGCCUUAAUUCCUCAAGAGAAGUUAAAAUUAAAAUCAGAAUGUCCGAGUAUAGUGGAUCUUGAUAUGUUCCAUUAUUUAGUGAUACUGGGAAUGACUCUACCUACUCUGUAUGCCGAGCAGCAACAAUCUUCUAUCUCUACUAUACCAUCAGGUGGUUUAAAUGAUAAUCAUGCUUUACAUUUAGUUUUAACAGCUCAUCUCGUACAGAUAUUACUCACUUAUAAUCCGCAACCUAAUGGUAUGAAUAAUCCAUCUUAUUUUCUAUCUUUCAGCAUCAUGUCUGAGAUUUCUCCAUCACCAUGGCAACUAAAUCAGUAUAUUCGUAGAGCUGUGAGUCCGUUUCUACGCUGUGCUACUAUAUUCUAUCAUCAUUUAACUGGUAUCCCUGCUCCACCAGAACUACAAGAGACUAGUACUGGUAGUAAUGUAGAAUUUGAUGUGUUAUGUAAAUAUCUAUCCCUACCUACAACUUUAACAUGUUUAUUAGAAUCCAGUGGUAAAACCAUAUCAGCUCUUAUACAAAGCUGGUGUAAAAGCAGUAAAACGCAAGAGAGAAUGACCGCCAGCAGCCAACCUGUGAUAUCUUACCCUAGACCUGUCAAUCAACUAGUGCACCUCCCAGAUGAUUACAGUCAACUUAUUAACCAAGCUUCAACUUUCACUUGUCCUAAAUCUGAUGGUGAUGACAGUCAAGCACCUACAAUGUGUUUAGUUUGUGGAACUACUCUCUGUUCUCAGAGUUAUUGUUGUCGUACCAAUAUAGAUGGCUUACAAACACCGGUCGGGGCAGCCACAGCACAUGCUCAUUACUGUAAUGCAGGAGUUGGCAUCUUUUUAAGGGUGCGUGAGUGUCAGGUAUUAUUACUAUCAGGACGUAUUAAGGGAUGUUUCGUUCCUCCACCAUAUUUAGAUGAUUAUGGUGAAACAGAUCAGGGAUUGAGGCGUGGUAACCCUCUUCACUUGUGUCCUGAUCAAUAUAAACACCUUCAUUCAAUCUGGUUUAAACACUCGAUACCUCAAACUAUAGCACAUAGUAUCCAGUUUAAUAAAAGUUUCCCUGCUAUAGACUGGCAUAACCUUUAA